UUUAUUGCUCAAAUUGGGUAGCUGAUUUAUUUGUAACUUGGUUGUAAUGUAGGUAACUGAUUUGACAUUGUUGGUUUUGUAGUAGGUCGACGCAGUGUAGAAGUCCUGGAACUGGUCUCUUGAUCUUCGAUUGAGUGUUUGUAGCUGAAGACCUCUUAGAUGCACUAUAAGGAGUUGAGGUUUUGGAAUGCAGGAAUUUGAUUCAAGGAUUCAUUCAUAGAAAUAAUGGCUACGGCUCAAGAGAUACCAAAAGAAUUACAAUCGGACACGAUUUGGAGAGCUAAGGCAGUGAAAUAUCAAAAUAGUAUAAACGAUAUAUUUGGAAAUAGGCAUUUCGACAGUUUUCCCAUUGAUUAUCUUCGAGGAAAAGUCGAAUUCGCUCUCUUUGGACCACCACCCUAUGAUGAACUUAGUUCUGAAAGUGUCAAACUUGUCGACAAUCUUGUGAGCCAUAUCACUCUUUUACAUAAAAAGCAUUUUUCAGAUGCAAAAAACAUUUGCCUGGGAUACACUUUUGUAUAUUUGCGUUAUAAAAACAGCAAUCUAACCGAUAUUCAGGUUUUAUUCAAAGUACCCGCGGCUGACUAUUAUUCGACAAAUGAAUGCCACUUUGUUGACUUGAACUGCCUAACAUAUGAAGGUUGGGCGAAUUAUUUAGGGUACAAUAGUUUACCCAUAUGUGAUAUGUGCUUUCCCAAAAAUGGACGGUACUCAUUUGAAGGUGGUUUCGCCAUAGAGUUCGCCGAAUCGCCUGCAUGUACAUCGUCAAUCAUAAUGAGGGGUCUAAGAGAUCUAACCAGCUUGCUGAUAGAUAUCACUGCCUCAGGAAUCACGUUGGCAGCACUGGCUGUGACAUCGGCAGCGAAUUCAACAGGUUCUUUCGGAAUGGCGGGAGCGGGAGCAAGUCAUUCAGGAAGCCCUUUCGCUGUGCUCAACAUAUUUCCUACUUAUUCCAAUUCCAUUGUUCCAAGUAUAGGAAUGACUAGCCUGCAUUCCUGUUCAUCCAUAAAUAAGAUCAGACAAGGUAAUCUAGGCAUUACUGACACAGAAAAAUUCAUAAAAACUUUCCUUUUCUUUUUCAAUGAAUCAUUAUCAGUUGAAGCUUCUGAAACGAUAAUUAGAAAGAUUGCUUCUUUGAUUAGUUCGAGGAAUGGUUUUUAUUUUUCCACAAGAUACAUCACUUUCACUCGUAUAAACGCAGUAAGUGAAUAUAGAAGAAAUGCCAAUUUCGAGAGAUUGCUUGAAAUGGUAUCAUGCAGAAUGGAAUGGAUGGUGUCUAAUGUCCGAUUAUCUGAUUUGGAUUCUAUUGUCAAUAAAUUGGUGCAUACUAUUUUCAGAAUUUCAAAACAAAUUGUUAGUGUGGAAGACAGCUUGUUAGACUUGACAAUUGCCUAUAAAGACAUCUGGAAUAUGGUUGAACUGUCAAUUGAAGAAGCAAGAUAUAAAGUGCUUUCCUUUGAGGUCUUUCAUUCAACGCCAACAAAAGUCAAAGCGAUUUUAAAAUCCAAUCCCGAAAUUGUAAGAGAGCUGUUUUUGUUGUUGCGUGACAUUAUUGAAUAUUGUGAAGUAGAAGAUCCUACAGAUUAUUUCAAGGAAAAAAUUUACGUUUUUAUUCUUACUUCUUAUAAUGAUCUUAAUAAUUAUAUCGAUCUUACAGCCGUCAAGUUUUCAAGAGUUAUUAAUUUCUUAAGCUCUAAGUUGAUACAAUCAUAUGAUUCUGAAAUACUUGCUUACAAAUUUGAUUAUGAUAAAUACAAUAAAGGACAGAUGGACAAGAGGCUUGGAAUGAUGGAUCCGGAUCCAUCUGGAGGGAAUACUAAAAGCUAUUCCAAAGAAAAUGAGAUCAAAUUGCGUAUUUAUUUUGGUCAUAUAAUAAAACAUCAUCAACUAAUUAAAAGGAAUGUUAAAACGUUGAACGGUGCACUCAGCACACUUCUGUUUGUGUUCAACCAGGCUUGCAGUAUACAAUGCUGUGUUGCUCUUUACGGAUGUAUCGAGGGACAAGAAUUUUCACAAAAGUUGAAGUACGGUCUCUUGAUGAUAAUUGUUUUCUGGUGUCUAACAUUAUUCUGCUGGUUUGGUCAACAACUAAUGAAUGAGGGGGAAGAGUUAUACCUGACAUUUGCUCAGUGUUCAUGGAUUGGAAAGCCUCUGUGGUUCAAGAAGUCGCUCAACAUGAUUUUGACAUGUUCUAGACAGCCAUUGCGAGUAAUGCCUCUUGGUCUCUACGUCCUAAACUUUGAUAAUAUGAAAACGGUUUUGCAAGCAGCUUAUUCUUACUUCAACUUGAUGCAUUCAACAAACAAGAAAAAUAAUUGAAACUCGACCAAUCUUCGAAAUCAACUUUCACCAAACGUUAGUUAGGCCUAAGGAAUAGUAUUGAGACAAAUAAUUUAAUUUCCAGUAGGCAAUUAGUGUUCUCUACGUGCGUGAGCCAUCAAUAACUACUCGGUGCCGUUUGAUGGCGAUCUUAUACUUUAUUGAGGAAUACCGUCUUAUUUGCUGAUCCUAUCCUACACCAUGUUCUGUAGCUGCCCUGGAAGGAAUCGGAGUACCUAAU